AUGGCUUCAAAAUCUCAUCAAUUCAAUUCCAACCCUCUCAUCUUCCUCCUCCUCGGCCUAUCGGCCAUCGGAGUUUCUGCCGCCGGAAACGGUGGCAUCGCCAUCUACUGGGGCCAAAACGGCAACGAGGGAACUCUUGCCGAAGCUUGUGCCACCGGAAAAUUCCCCUAUGUUAACAUAGCAUUCCUUAACGUAUUCGGCAGCGGCGCCACCCCUCAAAUGAACCUCGCCGGCCAUUGCAAUCCCGCUAGCGGCAGUUGCGUCUCGUUGUCCACUGACAUCCGUAGUUGUCAAAACCGUGGCGUUAAACUCAUGUUGUCCAUCGGUGGUGGCAUCGGUACCUAUUCACUGUCUUCUAAACUAGACGCCAGAAAUGUUUCCUUGUACUUAUGGAACGCUUUCCUAGGAGGUAAAUCGGCAUCGGUGUUCCGACCACUUGGCGAUGCCGCAUUAAACGGCAUUGAUCUAGAUAUCGAACUAGGAUCAUCGCAGUUUUACGAUGAUCUAGUUCGAUAUCUAAAAUCAUACUGUGGGAGGGGUCAAAAAGUGUAUAUAACAGGGGCCCCACAAUGCCCAUUUCCAGAUAGGCAGAUGGGGUCUGCUUUAAAUACUGGGAUUUUUGAUUACGUGUGGGUUCAGUUCUAUAAUAAUCCUCCAUGCCAGUAUACUUCUGGUAACACCACAAAUUUGAUAAGAUCGUGGAACCAAUGGACAACGUCGAUAAGGGCAAAAAAGAUAUUUAUGGGGUUGCCGGCGGCAACACAGGCAGCUGGAAGUGGGUUUAUUCCGGCGGAGGUGCUGACGUCUGAGAUUCUUCCGGUGAUUAAAAGUUCACCAAAGUAUGGAGGUAUAAUGUUGUGGUCAAAAUUCUGGGAUGACCAAAGUGGGUAUAGCUCAUCAAUUGUAUCAGGGGUAUAAUUGGAAUAAUACUACUUUUAUGU